GUGGCGUUAGACAUAAAAUUCGCCGCCACGAGUCACGUUCGAGUCUCCCUGUAUUUUUUACGAUCCACAUUAUUGUGCAUAAAAAUAUGUGAUUGUCGCGUAUAAAAAAUAUCGAUGUAAUAAUUCGUUGUAUCGCAAUCUAGUGAAUGUUUCAUUAAAAACGAGAGAGUUUUGCUUCGAUGAGUAAAAUUAACAAACGAAUGUGCGCACUCUCGUCUGUCGAGCAAAUUCGCGUUAAACUUGCAAAAGUGUGACAUGCUUGAAUUACACAAUCCGGACACCUCGUCGAUUUCUCAACGUCGCUGCAGCUCGAUACACUUUUGCUCGAUUUUAUUAUGAAGUGUCGACUCGGCAAAUCGCAUUGGAGGACUUUAAAGCGACGUUGACGAAAGUCAGAAGUAAUACAGUUCGAUAAAGUUUGGUAGAAUGUCGAAGGCCAAGUACUUUGACGAGGAUAGACUUCCUUUCUUCUUAGACGAAAGUGAGGUCAAGAUUGUUGAUCUUCCGUACAUGUACGUCGAAGAUCUGAUUCAAGGUGCUCGGUACAAUUCCCCGAUGAUCAAGGGUGUCGCGCAUCAUUUAAGGAGAUGGCCAAACGAUCUGUUCUCCUCGUUCAUGACAGCGUGUCUCAUCAUUAGCGGUUUGGUUCUUUUUGCCUUCGUCACGGCAAUACUUUGCUCACCCGCAACGAGCGAUGAUAAUUGUUGUGAAUAUAGGAUCAUCGAAGACGAGCAUUCAUUCAAUGUCUAUUUCGUGAAGGAAGCUACGCAAGUCUGGACCAAAAAAGAAUUUUGCUAUAUCGAGGCUGCGGCGAGAGAGCAACCCAAUCUGAAUAUACACUUGAUUAAUUUGAUGCGCACUUCCAAUGCAUUAAACAUUCCGGAAGCUCAUUUCAAAAUGGCAUUAGCCACCCAAAACACCAAUAUUCGCAUAGCCGACUUAUCAAUCGACGAAUUUUUCAGCAAGUCAAAAUUAUUGAACAUUGCGAAAAGUUUGAACAACGGAUUAUUGCUGAUGGCAGCAAGAGCAUAUUUACUCUGGAAUUCGCCCGGAGUUGCUAUGCAUCCUAGUGCGUAUUGCAACUUGUCGAGUAUCAAUAAAUUUCGGUGGACUAAGGGAGAAAAACGAGAUUACACGCCCAACAAAUUAAUCACGAUUGACCCGACAAUUGAUUUGCAAGCAACAGAAGUACAAUGUCAAGCAUUUUUAGGAUUUUUAUUACAAGAAAUAUCGAAAAAUGCAACGCAAAUUUAUAAUUUGAAGGACGCUUUGCGUAAAUUUUGUCCGAGGAUUGAGAAGUGUCCUGAAGUACAAAUACUUGAUUUAAAAUCACGAUGCUCUGUCAAUGUUCUCGAUUGUCCUACCGUUCAUAUGACUAGAAAUUUUUAGGAACUUAUAAUAUUUAACAAAAGAGCUUAGUUCUGUGAAAUGCCAUGGAAGAAUUUAAUGUAACCUGAUCUUGUCGAUCUUGAAAUUUGCAUUUAGAAAAUAAAAGUUGAAGAAGAACGGUGAUAUUUAAAUUUUUAUAAUAAGAUUUUACGCAAAAUUACAAAAAUAAGACGAUUUGAAAAAGAAAUAAGUUUUUCUUUAAUUAAGAAAUACCGCUGCAACAUUUGUGAAAAAUACGUAAUAUAAUAUAUACGGAUUACAAAAUAUAUAAUAUACAAAUUUUUUCGUACUCGUCUUCUCAUCUUCAUCGUCUGUCAUCUAAUAUGAUUGAAAAUUUCGAUAUUCAUAGAGUCGCAGAAUACCCAGCCAGGUCCAUAUUUCUGCCACUAAAUAUAAUAUAAAAGAUUCGACAUAUGUAGUAUAAAUUUACAAUUGCGUGAAAGCAAUUUAAA